UUUUUGUCGAUCUAGUACUCUAAUUAACAAAACGCCGACAUAUUUUCGGUUUGCUUGCUUUGCUACACUUACAAAAUUACGUGUGCGCGUGUAAAUGUAAAAGUUAUCCAAAAUUUUCUGUGGAAAACCUAUGGCACAGAUCACAACUGAGAAAAGGACAACGCCAACGAUGCGUCCACAUACGACAGGAGCCAAUGUUGCCGCUGCCGCGUCCUCGGCCACAAAGGAGAAUACGGCAUCGCGACAUCAUGCGACACAGUCGCGUGGCAAGGGCAUCGAGAUCUUAGAUUUUCACGAGUCCUGGUUAGAAGAGGUCGAACUCUAUAAAGACAAGCUGGUCAUGUGCAAGCAGCUGGCACAUCAUAAUCAUCAAUCCGCACACCAAUCGUCGCAUCAAUCACAUAAUUAUAAUUCCCAUGGAACGCAGCGUCUGUCCAAUCAUAUGCGCAGCUCUGCCGGCCACUCCUCGGUGGCAACAGCAGCUAGCUCAGGCAUCUCAGCAGCGGCGGCGGCAGCCACAGCUGCUGCCACAGCAACAAUAACAACUGCAUCCAAAUCGGCCAGGGGCCAACUGCAGAAAUCCACAAUCCAAUCAUCAGCGGCAAAUAGGCGUUCAAAGACGUCGGAGGCUUCAACUGCUGCCGUUGCCACUGCAGCGCCCGUUAAGUCGCCGCCACAGUCGCGUAUCACACCCAAGUUGAACUCUGUGCCAGCGCCAGUUGUAGGCGUGCUCCAAUCUGAGCCGUACAAGAAAGUUCAGAUGCUUUUAAAGCGUGCACGUGAGGAUGCUCUUGCCAAAAAUGCAACGAAUAGCAGCGGCAACAGCAGCAGCUGUAAGCGUCCCAGUAACAUCGGCUCGGCCUGCCCAAGUCCGCCCAGAAGUGGAUUGGCCCGCAGCUCCAGUGCGACAACGAUAAAGGCCGCCAGCAAGAUUGUUGUCAAUACGUUCCAUGGCAGCAGCAUGCUAAAUGGACAGCAGCACGACGAGAAGAGCAAGAUACUAACACAGAAUGGUCUAACCAAAUCAGCUGCCUCGGCCCUGGAGACAUCGCUCUAUGCCUCGCUCUAUGCGCAGCCAUCGCAGUUGCCAUUCCAGUGCAUCAAUUCGCGUAUCGCCUCCGGUGAGCAUUCAAGCAAUUAUAUGGGCGUCUCCUUGAACAAAUGUGUGAGCAUCAAUCAUGAAGGACGCCAGAACGAUGAUGAUCCCUGCGCUGCCAUUGAUGAAAUUACCAGCUACGACGACUCGGAUUCGGAUGAGGACUAUGUGGGCACACCGUUCUAUCUGGAGGACGACAAUGAUGAGACGAGCCAAAGUCGUCAUAUUCGCCUUAAACUGGAUAAAGUACCGUCCAAGGCUUCGGUGGCAACCACAAAUACAACAGACUCUGAAGCAUCUGUAUACUUUAAGCCAGAGUCGAUAUUGUCACCCAGCUUGUUCCCGAAUGUGCCGCCCUAUUUGAAUUUCACAUCGCAUGCUGACAAGGGGCCGCCGAUGCCGGCUACACUGCAUCGUGUGCUCAAAUGGAAGCUCAGCCCGGUUAUGCCAAAGAUUGUAAAACGCGUUGUGCUCAAUUCAGGCUUUCGCAUUAUCAAAAACACCACCGACUGGAUGGCUGUGUGGGAGAAGCACAUGAAGAGUCCAGGCUUUCGUACGAUACGCUCGCAUCAGAAAUAUAACCAUAUGCCCGGCUCGUUUCGCAUUGGACGCAAGGACACAAUGUGGCGCAGCAUUGCCAACAAUAUGAAGAAGUUUGGCAAAAAGGAAUUUGGAAUUAUGCAAAAAUCGUACAUAAUGCCUGAUGAUCUGGAGAAUUUGCGUCAGGUGUGGCCCAAGAACGCAUCGAAGCUGACCAAAUGGAUUGUUAAGCCGCCGGCCAGUGCACGGGGCACCGGGAUACGUAUUGUGAACAAGUGGAGUCAAUUUCCCAAGGAUCGCCCGUUGGUGGUCCAAAAGUAUAUCGAACGUCCGCUGCUGAUCAAUGACAACAAAUUCGAUAUGCGUCUGUAUGUGGUGCUGACCUCCAUAAAUCCGCUGCGCAUCUAUAUGUUUAAGGAUGGGCUGGCGCGUUUCGCUUCGGUCAAGUACAGUUCGGAGCUGGGGAAUCUGGAUGAGCGUUGCAUGCAUCUGACCAACUAUAGCAUAAAUAAGUUUUCGCAAAAUUAUACGAAAAACGAGGAUUUCAAUGCGUGUCAGGGACACAAGUGGACACUGCAAUCGUUAUGGUCCUGCCUGGAGAAUCGGGGCGUUAACACGAAACGCCUGUGGGCAACGUUACGGAAUCUGGUCAUCCGGGGCAUUGUCUCGGGCGAAUCUGGCCUGAAUCGUAUGUAUCGGCAAAAUGUGAAUUUCCGCUACAAUUGUUAUGAGCUAUUCGGUUUCGAUGUGCUGCUCGAUGAGAAUCUGGUGCCCUGGCUGCUCGAGAUAAAUAUAUCACCGUCGCUGCACUCGGAACUGCCGCUCGAUUUGCAUGUGAAGGGUCCACUGAUACAGGCCGUGCUCAAUACGGCGCUGUAUCAGGUGCCGCCCAAGUUGAAUGACCGGCAACAGCAGGAGAUACUUGAUGAGCUGCAGAUGCAGGGACCGCUUGUCCACGACAAACGCAUCUUUACCACCUGCCUAACAGCCGAAGAGGUGCGCAAGCACAAUCAUUUCACCAGUCGUGCCAUUGAGUUUCGGGAGGAGUAUGUGGACACCAUACUGGACAAUCUGUUGCCAGACGAUGUCCGUUGCCUGAUCGUUGCCGAGGACGAGCUGGCACGCUGUAAGCCGCUGGAGCGCGUCUUUCCCACACAGGGCACACAUGUAUUUCUGCCUUACUUUGAGAAUGCGCGCUACUAUAACCGCCUGCUGGAUGCUUGGGAGACCAAGUACGCCAAGAAUCGUGAGCAGGGCAUUGCAUUAUUGACGCGCUUCUGCAAGGAUAAAUAUCAUUUGCAGGUCUCCGAAGCAGCCAUGGAAAAGGAACCAAAUGUUGCCCUUACCGAGAUAGACAUGCUGCAUGUGAAAAAGGAAGAAAUUCUGGAUAAUCCAACAAAUUUACCGCUUAUUAAAGCCGCUGAGAGCAGUGAUGCAGCAAUGCAAGCUGCCAUGGGCUACAAAUCAAGAAGUCCAGAACCGACCAAUAUUCAUUAAAAAAAAAAAAA